UUCCGCCCUUAAAGGAUUCGCGCGCGUUGGUAGUCGUCGAGGAGAAGUUAAACUCAGAACAUUUUUUUUUAAUCAAACAUUAUUGUUCAAGAUGUCGGACGUUAAACUACAGAAGUUUCGGGGCUUUUUAACUGAACGGUUUACCGCCGUGGCUGUGGAGAUAUUUGGAGAAUUUGAAACUAUUGUGGAGGCGUACUACGAGGAAAACAAACAUCUGAGGAAUGUACUGCACAUGGUGCUCAGCCCCGAGAUAAAGAUACCGAAGAUAGAUGCAAACCACUACACUGGGGCAGCCACAGAUGUCACAGAUCCUCCCCCUGAGCUGAACACUAGGGUGGACUUGGGAAUAUCCGAACCGUUGCCCAAAAAACCCAAAGAAGAGCAAACUGAAUAUGACAUAAGCUGGGGAUCAGGACAACAACAACAAGGGCCGGGGGAGGCUGAUAACUUUAUUACCCCAGAUUGUGUGAAAAACGACCCAAAAGAAGAAGAAGAAGCAGUAGACACAAGCAUGCCCUACAUCAAGGACUCAUUUCAUAUCAAAGUGGUUGAGUCCAACCCUGACUCUUCGGCCACAGUCUCAGCUGAUGAAGAUGAGUUCAGCUCCACAUCGGACUCAGAUGCAGGAGUCACAGUUGUCCCACAGCCAUCCCGGAAUAAAGAAAGCACAAGUCAAACAUCCGAACAUCACAAACAUGACACAAAAUCAGCGAAUAGCUUAAAGACGCCAGUGUCGCCCCUGCAGAAAACCAUGCUAGAAUUACCUAGGAGGGUACCCUACCAGUCCUUCAUUCCUAGCCCAAGUGAGUGCAAGUCCUUUUUGGCAAGGCUAACUGAAGCCUUCAAGGACUAUCCAGAGGACAAGAAGCCUCUGAUAACCAAAAUGGGCCUCACAGAGAAUGUGGAAUAUGUGGAUUGUGCUUUUGGUAAAGUCCCCAAAGGGUGCCCCCUGUCCUACCAGCACCCUGUGCCGUCAGCUCGGGAUCACAUCAUUUAUGACAAUGCUCCAUCUCGACCGCCGCUUCCCCUCCGCCAUCAUGAACUGGGGCCAAUGCCUUCUUUUCCUACCCUCAGUGUCAAGGAACAGGAACAUGUGGACGUCAUGCAGAUUACCUGGGAAGCAGCACACAGUCUUGAGCAGUCCACACGUGGACGCAAGGAGGUAGUACAGGAUCUGCGGAAACUGCGCUUGACCAGCCGUUUCAGGGAGAUUUGCAAACUUAAACCCGGUCAGAGCAAUGCGGACUACCUGAUAUACAAGAUACAGAAAGGAACCCGAAGGUGCAAGACGGAACAUAUAGAGGAGGAAAUGAAGGCCGAUGCAUUUCGGGAAUACUGUCAGCAUUUAUGUGUCAACUGGUCCCCCUGCGGUUUGGUUGUCCAUCCGGAAGCUCCGUGGCUGGGGGCACUGCCUGAUGGGUUGGUGUAUGACCCCAGUGAAACACACAGUUACGGGCUUAUGCAUGUCAAAUGCAUUGCGUUGCGAAGCUUCGUCGAAUGCAAGUUCCUGUUCUGCCAGGAUGGAGUCAUGCAACUGAAGAGGUCCCACUCCUACUAUUGGCACAUCCAAGGAGAGAUGAUGGUGACGGGUAUGGAGUGGUGCGAUCUGUUGGUGUUCUCCAGAGAACACAUGCUGAUUCAACGCAUCUACCGAGACAAAGCCAUCAUCAAGGUCAUGAAGAAGAAGUUGGAUGAAUUCUUCUUCCGUUACUACCUGCCAAGUCUGUUAUAAACUGAUGUCGCAGCUUGAGCGUCAUCACACUGCUGUCAUAGACUAUUUUUUGUUCUCUUCAGGUGGUGGGUUGAAUGUAAUCUUUUCUUUUAUAUUUGUCUCAUUAGUUUGAUUUAGUCAUGAGGACGUUUGUGUUUUGUUUGUGUGAUCUCUCUUUUGCGUAUGUUUUCAUUUAGCCAUGAAUACAUUUUCAGAUAUUUUUUAAUUUCCUUUUACUUUGAAAUGACUGUUGCGACAGCCAGAUCCUGUUUGCAGUGUGAAACUGAGGCUGCGUUUUCUUUGUCAUGUUUACUCAUCUUACUACUUUCCAAAGGUGCCCUGUUGUAAGGCUGCAUCUACUGUAAAUACUUUUGUAUUUUUCAUUAAGCUGCUGAUCCUUCACUCAAUUGUUGUUGUCAUUUUGUCGACAAAAUUUCAGACAAUAGUGAAACACAUCUACCUCAAUUUCCCAGAACCCGAGCUUGCAGUGAUUAUGUAUGAUGCUUUCUGUUUAUGAUCAUACAAGACUGACAGAAGCAGCAAAUGGCAUGUUCUCAAAAAAACAACAUACAUGGUUGAUUACUAAAAUUGGUGAUGGAUUUUUGUAAUUCGAUUUGUUAACUUGAUUUUUCUCAUGUUGGUUGUGUAAUUUUUAAUCACAGAAGCAUUACAGGUUCAAAUGUUGGCACAAAUUGGACAUUUUAAGUGACUACCAAAGCCCAGUGAAUGUUAAAUGUUGCAUUAGAAAUUACUUUAAAGGUCCAGUGUGUAGGAUUUAGGGGGAUAUACUGGCAUACAUGGAAUAUUAUAUUCAUAACUAUGUCUUGAUUAGUGUGUAAUCACCUGAAACUAGCACUCAAGUGUUUUCGUCUCCUUAGAAUGAGCUUUUUAUAUUUACAUACAGAGUGGAUCCUCUUCUUUGAAGUCCUCCAUGUUGUUUCUAUAGUAGCCCAAAGCAGACAAACUAUCACUGGCUCUAGAUGGGGCCAUUUAUAUUUUUGCAGUCUGCAGCCUCACCCCCUUGAUGUCACUUAAUGCUACACACUGCAUUUUAACACAAAGUUUGAAUGUUCAAAAAUAAAAAUUCUUGCAUAAAACCAUAA